AUUUCCUCUUGCAAUAGGCCAUCCUCUGUCUAAAAUAUUCAAAGAUGAGAGCAGGGCUUGGCAGUCUGCAGCAAGGGCUCACUGCUGAGGCAACAAGCAUAGUGAAACAAGCUGUUAGCCUUGCUAAACGCAGGGGUCAUGCACAAGUGACUCCUCUCCAUGUUGCCAGUGCUAUGCUUGCAUCCUCCACAGGCCUUCUUAGAAGGGCAUGCCUUCAAUCCCACUCUCACCCCCUCCAAUGCAAAGCCCUAGAGCUUUGCUUCAACGUCGCGCUCAACCGACUCCCGGCAGCCACACCAAGUCCUCUUUUAGGCUCUCACUACUUCAAACCUUCCCUCUCCAAUGCCUUGGUUGCAGCCUUCAAGCGCGCCCAGGCUCACCAGCGCCGCGGCUCCAUUGAAAACCAGCAGCAGCCUAUAUUAGCUCUGAAAAUAGAGUUAGAACAGCUCAUAAUCUCCAUUUUAGAUGACCCAAGUGUUAGUAGAGUGAUGAGAGAGGCUGGUUUCUCGAGUACCCAAGUGAAAAAUAGGGUAGAACAAGCUGUUUCUUUGGAGAUUUGUUCUCAAACUGAUCAUCAAAGCCCUUCUAUAAGUAACCAGUCAAUAGGAAAAGUACCCUUGGAUCAAGUUAGGAGUGAAGAUGUAAUGAGUGUGGUGAAUGAGUUGUCUAACAAAAGAAAGAGAAACACUGUUAUAGUAGGAGAGUGUUUGGCUAGUGCAGAGGGUGUGUUUAGGGGAGUGAUGGAGAAAUUUGAAAGAGGAAAUGUUCCUGGGGAGUUAAGGUAUGCAAAAUUUGUUAGUCUGCCUCUCUUCUCUCUGAGGAACUCAUCCAAGAAGGAUAUUGAGCAGAAGGUGGUGGAGCUUAGGUGCCUAGUUAAAAGCUAUAUUGGGAGAGGGAUUGUCUUGUAUUUGGGUGAUCUCAAAUGGGUUUCUGAGUUUUGGUCAACUUUUGGUGAAGAAAGGAGAAACUACUACUGUCCUGUGGAGCACAUAAUCAUGGAGCUUAAAGGAUUGGUGUGUGGAAUUGGGGAAACUGCAGGAAAAUUGUGGCUUUUAGGGCUUGCUACCUUCCAGACAUACAUGAGAUGUAAAACUGGCAGCCCUUCUCUGGAGACUCUGUGGGAGCUUCACCCUCUUACCAUCCCAGUUGGCAGCCUGAGCCUAACUCUCAACCUUGAAAGUAAUUUGCAAGCUCAGGUCAGUAGCAAGGUCUCCAACAAUGUGUCUGGUUGGCACCUGCUUGAAACUGAAUUUGAUAAGCAUCUAACUUGCUGCACUGAUUGCGUGGUCAACUUCAAUAGAGAAGCUCAAAGCAUACCUAGCAACUUUCUCAACAAGGAGACCACUACAACCACAAUGAGCAUUUCCACAAACUCAAGCUUGCCUUCAUGGCUCCAACAGGAGAUGAAAGACAGCAGAAAAGACUCUUUGAAUAAUCAGGAAUGUGUCACUGUCAGUGAUCUGUGCAAGAAAUGGAACUCAUUCUGCAGUUCAAGCCAUAAGCAACCCCAAUAUUUUGCUGAGAAAGCUCUCAUUUUCACUUCUCCAUCUCCUUCCUCCACAUCAGUCUCUUCAUACGAGCACAAACAUCAGACCCACCUGAUUUGGCCAACCACCUUUGAACCCAAACAGACACCAAGAGAACAGCAGUUUUGGAUACCUGAAAGUACUAAUGAUGGAGUCUAUGAAAGCAAUUUGAGAGUGUUCAUGCCAGAGAGAAUUAAUGACCCCAAACCAGUCCUUUUGUCGAAUCCAAAUUCUAGCCCUAAUUCAGCUUCUUCAAGUGAGGUAAUGGAGGAUAUGGUUGGCCUCCACAUGUUCAGAGAGGUUAAUGAAGAGAACUUGAAGUUACUAUGUGAUGCAUUGGAGAAAAAGGUUUCCUGGCAGAAAGACAUAAUUCCUGAGAUUGCAACAACUAUCCUUCAGUGCAGGUCUGGUAUGACAAAAAGGAAAGGCAAUGUGAAAGACAGAGAGAACAGAGAAGAAACUUGGCUGUUCUUCUUAGGCGUUGAUAAUGAUGGCAAAGAAAAGAUUGCAAGGGAGAUAGCUAAGCUUCUUUUUGGCUCUCAAAGCAGCUUGGUUUCAAUUUGUUUGAGCAGCUUCUCUUCAACAAGGGCUGAUUCAGCUGAAGAAUCCAAAAAGAAAAGAACAAGAGGUGAACUGGGUUCCAGCUAUCUGGAGAGAUUUGGUGAAGCAGUGAAUGAGAACCCUCAUAGAGUGUUCUUCAUGGAAGAUGUAGAUCAAAUCGAUUACUUUUCUCAAAAGGGUAUCAAGAAAGCAAUUGAAAGUGGAAGAAUAACUCUUCCUGGUGGUGAAACUGUUCCUCUUAUGGACGCCAUUAUCAUUUUCAGUUGUGAAAGUUUCAGCUCUGUUUCCAGAGCCUGUUCUCCCUCAAGAAGGCAAAAACAUGGUGAUGAGAAUGAAGAAAAAAACAAUGAGGAUGAGAUGGAAGAGAAAAUCCCAUGUGUACUCUCACUAGAUUUGAAUAUUGCCAUUGAAGAUGACAGCAGGGAUGAACAUGCAGCUGGUGACAUUGGGAUUCUGGAAUCUGUGGAUAGGCAAGUUACUUUCAGAAUUCAAGAACUGUGAUCAUCUUCUAUAUGGGCUGAUCAUACUUUUUUUUUCUUUCUUUUUCUUUUUAACAUGGAUUUGUGAGGGGUAAACGAAGGAAAUGGUAUAACAUAGUGUUCACAAGGAUUCUCCAGUGGUACGGGUGGUAGGAUUUAGCCAUGUAGAGCUAUGUGUAUAUUAGUGUAUCUUUAAUGUUCUUGUUGCAUGUAACACGAUUGCUGCACUCUCAGAUAUUGUGUUUCUUUGGGGAUUUUGUGACUUCAAAUUACAGAAAUUUACCAAGUUUUCAUC